GCCGGCGCCAAGAUGGCGGCGCUGACGAGCGCGGAGCGGCCGCGUCGGGGGCCGCGGGGGCCGAAGCCGAGCCUCCGCGGCUGAGCCCCUGAGCCGCCCUCGAGGCAGGCGCCCGGUCGCCGGGGCCCGGGACAUGGUGCGAUCCGCGCCGCGCCGCCGCCGCCGCUGCCGCUGAACUCGGGAGCCGCGCCGGGCUCGGACGUGGGAGCGGGAAGAUGUUUUCCGCGCUCAAGAAGCUGGUGGGGUCGGAGCAGGCUCCGGGCCGCGACAAGAACAUCCCGGCCGGGCUGCAGUCCAUGAACCAGGCGCUGCAGAGGCGCUUCGCCAAGGGGGUGCAGUACAACAUGAAGAUCGUGAUCCGAGGGGACAGGAACACGGGCAAGACAGCCUUGUGGCACCGGCUGCAGGGCAAGAAGUUCGUGGAGGAGUACAUCCCCACACAGGAGAUCCAGGUCACCAGCAUCCACUGGAGCUACAAAACCACUGAUGAUAUCGUGAAAGUUGAAGUCUGGGAUGUGGUUGACAAAGGAAAAUGCAAGAAGCGAGGCGAUGCCUUGAAGAUGGAGAAUGACCCCCAGGAGGCGGAGUCCGAGAUGGCCCUGGAUGCCGAGUUCCUGGACGUGUACAAGAACUGCAACGGGGUGGUCAUGAUGUUCGACAUCACCAAGCAGUGGACCUUCAACUACAUCCUCCGGGAGCUUCCCAAAGUGCCGACGCACGUGCCUGUGUGCGUGCUGGGGAACUACCGCGACAUGGGCGAGCACCGCGUCAUCCUGCCCGACGACGUGCGAGACUUCAUCGACAACCUGGACAGGCCCCCAGGGUCUUCUUACUUCCGCUACGCCGAGUCCUCCAUGAAGAACAGCUUCGGUCUCAAGUACCUGCACAGGUUCUUCAAUAUCCCAUUCCUGCAGCUUCAGAGAGAGACGCUGCUGCGGCAGCUGGAGACGAACCAGCUGGACAUCGAUGCCACGCUGGAGGAGUUGUCCGUGCAGCAGGAGACCGAGGACCAGAACUACGACAUCUUCCUCGAGAUGAUGGAGGCACGCAGCCGUGGCCACGCGUCCCCGCUGGCCACCAACGGGCAGAGUCCGUCCUCGGGCUCCCCGUCUCCUGUGGUGCCUCUGAGCGCAGUGCCCACGGCGAGCUCCAGCCCCGGCACGCCCCAGCCGGCUCCGCAGCCGCCCCUCCAGGCCCCCUCGGAGGCGCCGCCAGCCCCUGCGCAGCCCCUGGUCCCCGCCGCACCCCCGCGGCGCAGUGUCAUCUCGCGGCUGUUCGGGAUCUCGCCGGCGGCUGAGGUGGCUCCUUCACCCCCAGAGCCGGCCCCAGCUUCAGAGGCCCCGGCAAGAGUCCAGAACGUGGAGGACUUUGUUCCUGACGACAGUCUUGACCGCAGCUUCCUGGAGGAUGCAGCCCCCCCGAAGGAUGAAAAGGAAGUUGGAGCCACGGCCCCGCAGGACAGCGACAGGUUAGGGCCGGGCCUGGAAGGCAGGCGGGUGUCGGCUGCCGCCCUCAGCCUUGGCCCUCGGCCCGUCAGUGAUGGGGAGGCCCCAGGAGGGAACCCAAUGGUGGCGGGUUUCCAGGACGACGUGGACCUUGAAGAUAAGCCGCCUAACAGGCCCCUGCCACCCACGGGCCCCAUCCCCAGGGAGCACAUCACUCUGUCCAGCGAGGAGGAAGAAGAGGAGGCGGCAGGGCGCCACGAGGCCACCGUCCUGGUCCCCCAGAAGUGCUCUGAACCAGGGACCAAACGUUCCUCCACGAAGGCCUCGAGGCCACACCAGGAUGCAGCUCCCAGGGCCACGGAGCCCCACUGGCCAGGCGGCACCAAGCGCCCCGCCGAGGGCUCCUCUCCGGGGCUGGAGGAGGGGGAGGACAAGCAGGUGUCGUCAGAGAGUGACCCCGAGGGGCCUAUUGCCGCCCAGAUGCUGUCCUUCGUCAUGGACGACCCUGACUUUGAGAGUGACUCAGAUGCUCAGCGGAGAGCGGGUGAGUUCCCGGUGCGAGAGGACCUCUCGGACGUGACGGACGAGGAAGCCGGCCCUGUCCAGCUGCCCCCGCCCCCCAAACCCCCCGCCCCCUCCUUCAGACUGAAGAACGACUCGGAUCUCUUCGGGUUGGGGCUGGAGGACACGGGCCGCAAGGAGAGCAGCGAGGAAGAUAAGGAGGGCAAGCCUCCCUCGAAGGAGAAGAAAAAGAAGAAGAAGAAGAGCAGAGAGGAGGAAGAGAAGGCCGCGAAGAAGAAGAGCAGGCGUAAGAAGAGCAGGGACCAGGCGGAGGACAAGGGCCGGGAGGAGCGGCGGCGGCGGCGGGGCCCGGAGAGGACCGCGGUCCACGAGCUGGAGGCCUUCCUGGGGGGCGGGGCCCCGGGCGGCCACCUCCGCGGGGGCGGCGAUUACGAGGAGCUCUAGGCCCGGCCGCCACACACCGCGGGGCACUCCGCGUGCGCUGGAGGCGCUGGGCCUGCCCUGCGGGAGGGGCAGCAGGCUCUGUGGGCGGCCGGCCCCCAGCGCUUCUCAGGGAUGGGACUGAGGCCGAGGAAGCCCGUGAGGCUGUUUGCAGGGGUGGGGCGCUGUUCCCGUCGCCUGCCCGGCCCGCUGCUUGCCCUCGGCCCGCCGCACGCGCUCACCCAGGCCCGCUGCAUGCAGCGGCCUCCGCUUCGGCUGCGCCGGCGCUGCAGACCUCCGGUCCCCAGACCCUCGGGGCACCUGUGCGCAGAGGGCAGGCAGCGCUGGCGCCUCUCUGGGGGCAGCUCUUCCCAGGCACGGCGACCGGCUUUGCACCUGCACCUGAGCUCGGGCGUGCGCAGGCCGAGCGGGGAGGCCCUCAACACUCACGUCCUUUCGCUGUCCUUCCACACCACUCGGACCAUAAAGCUCUCCUGUCUUACUGCG